AUGCAUAUGAUUUCACACAUGCCAUCAAAAGUGCUGAAAUUACUUGAAUUUGUGGGCUUUUCUGGUGAUAGGGCUCAAGGGUUUGCCGAAUUAGAGCAGUCAACACAAAUGACUGAUGGCCUCAGAUGUCCAUUGGCUGCCCUUAUUAUGCUUGUCUAUCAAACAUACAUUGAACACAUUUUUGGUUUAGGAGAAGGAGAUCUGGAUUGUGUCGAAAAUUUAUUGGAUUAUUGUUUAAAAAGCGCAUUCUUCCUCUUAUUCCUGGGAAGACUGGAACAGCUAAGAGGAAACAUUGAUGAGGCAGUGAAAAAUUUCAAGAAAUGCAUUGAAAUUCAAGACGAAUGGAAACAAUUCCACAAUAUCUGCUAUUGGGAGCUAUUGUGGUGUCAUUCUGUAGUAUUGACUAGUGUUCGGUGCGAUUGGCAUAACUCAGCCAAAUAUGCGGAUAUAUUGCGGCGACAGUGCAAAUGGUCACCAGGGACAUAUACCUACCAAUACGCCACUUUCCUAUACAUGAUUAUGAUUGAAGAAAAGCAGUACCAACUCAAUGAUCAAAUUGAAGAUCUAUUGAGAACUGUACCCAAAUUGAAGAUUAGAUAUGCGGGCAAAACAGUUCCGGCGGAAAAGUUUGCCAUCACUCAGUCCGAGAAAUAUUUCGCUCAAAACAAUACACUUUUAUUGCCUGCUUUAGAAUUUUUGUAUAUAUGGAAUAUAUUCGCUGCGAUCGGAAAUUCACCAAAACUAUUGACUCCUAUAUUAGAAAGGAUUGAUAAGGCUUUGGAUGAACACAAAGACGAUAAAGAUUUCGAGGACCGAAAUCUUGAUAAUUAUGGCUUAAUUAUGUUGUUAAGAGGAAUGUGCUUCCGUUUCUUAGGCUACCCCUUACAGGCCCAGCAGUGCUUCAAAGAAAAACGGAUCAAAUUUGACACCUUUUUGUCACCGCAUUCGGCGAUGGAAUUGGGAUUAACUUAUCUAUCAAUCGAUGAUUUAUGCGAAGCCCGGGUUUGGCUGAACAGAGCCCGAAAUGACUACACCGGGUAUUUACUCGAAACCAUAGUUCACUUUCGAGUUCACUGUGCGAUGCGAGUGAUUAAAUCCAAAGUACAAAUCAAUACAAACCUACCCGUCGUCGACAACAGUCCUGUCACUACACCAGAGGUGGACAAUGAAUUGAACGCCACUCCACUCAACAGCAGAAUCAGCUCUAUAUUCAUGGAGUGGUCCAAAAAGAUAAGUAAUGUUACUCUCAAUACGAGUACUCUUCCCAACAAAAACACAGAAUACACACAAUUCUUAGAUGGAUAUCAAAUGAAGCUUUAA